CCCGGCUUCCGGGGCUCGCGGCCCGCCCGCCGCCCUGCCGGCCUUCCGUGCGAGGCCCGCUGUUCGGCGCUGGCCGUCGCCGCGCCACCCCCGCGGGGACCGCGAAUCCCUCCGGUGUCGGCGGCGGUGUGGGUCGGCACUGAAGGAGGUGCGCCGGGCGGCGGGCCCGGCUCCUGCAGCUCCGCCGGCCGCCACUGGGGGCUGCCGCGCCGGCGAGCUCGGCGGGGACGGUGCGCACGGCCCGGCGUUCCCGGGCGCCUCCGGCCGCUGGGCUUUUCUCCGCCGCCGGCCCCGCGCUGCCUCCGCAGCCAGCCCAGCUCCCUCCCGGAUCUGUGCGUGUGAUCGCUGUGCGUGUGUGUGUCCGGGUGCGCGCGCGAGCGCGCGCGCGCGUGGGGGGCGGUGUGCACGCGGGGAGUGCGGGGGAGUGUGUUUGUGUGUGUGCGUGUGGGUGUGAGUGCCUGGCUCGCUCUCGCUGAGACACACACACACUCACACACGCACAACCCGGCUGGCUCCUCUGAACUUGAAGACACCCCACAUUCCAAGAUGCCGGAAGUCCCUGGGAAUGCCCAGGGUUCUUCGAGCUGGAGAAUCCUACCGGCGUCUUCCUAGGCGGCGGGGGGGAAUUAUCUUUUUUUGUUUUGUUUUUUGUUUUUUAAUCUGGAAGAGAAGAGAACAAGUUGUGCUUUUUCCUCCCUUCUUUUCGCUAAAUGCCAUGGAUAUAACAGAAUAAGCCGCUCAGGGCUCUCCCCGCGUGGACGUCCGAGGCCACCAUCUGCCUGCGUUCGCCGGAGCCGGAGGGCUUAGCUCGAGCCUGUCUCGGGCGGGGAAGGAUGCGUGGCCGAGCCGGGGAGCCCGGGCGCCCCGCGGAGCCGGCCUCGGAGCCUCCCAGCCGGGGAUAGAUGCUGCCUCGCCCAGGCACCGCGGCCUGAGUGACCAGACCAUGGAGACCCUGCUUGGUGGCCUGCUGGCAUUUGGCAUGGCGUUUGCCGUGGUCGACGCCUGCCCCAAGUACUGCGUCUGCCAGAACCUGUCUGAGUCACUGGGGACCCUCUGCCCUUCCAAGGGGCUGCUCUUCGUGCCCCCUGACAUCGACCGGCGGACGGUGGAGCUACGUCUGGGGGGCAACUUCAUCAUCCACAUUGGCCGCCAGGACUUCGCCAACAUGACGGGGCUGGUGGACCUGACCCUGUCGAGGAACACCAUCAGCCACAUCCAGCCCUUCUCCUUCCUGGACCUCGAGAGCCUCCGUUCCCUGCACCUCGACAGCAACCGGCUGCCCAGCCUUGGGGAGGACACCCUGCGGGGCCUGGUCAACCUGCAGCACCUCAUCGUGAACAACAACCAGCUGGGCGGCAUUGCUGAUGAGGCCUUCGAGGACUUCCUGCUCACGCUGGAGGACCUGGACCUCUCCUACAACAACCUCCACAGCCUGCCCUGGGGCUCCGUGCGGCGCAUGGUCAACCUCCACCAGCUGAGCCUGGACCACAACCUGCUGGACCACAUCGCCGAGGGCACCUUUGCCGACCUGCAGAAACUGGCUCGCCUCGACCUCACGUCCAACCGGCUGCGGAAGCUGCCCCCCGACCCCAUCUUCGCCCGCUCCCAGGCCUCGGCCCUGACGGCCACGCCCUUUGCUCCACCUUUGUCCUUUAGUUUUGGGGGGAACCCGCUGCACUGCAACUGCGAGCUGCUCUGGCUGCGGCGGCUGGAGCGGGACGAUGACCUGGAGACCUGCGGCUCCCCGGGGGGCCUCAAGGGCCACUACUUCUGGCACGUGCGCGAGGAGGAGUUUGUGUGCGAGCCGCCUCUCAUCACCCAGCACACACACAAGCUGCUGGUUCUGGAGGGCCAGGCAGCCACGCUCAAGUGCAAGGCCAUUGGGGACCCCAGCCCCCUCAUCCACUGGGUGGCCCCCGAUGACCGCCUGGUGGGCAACUCCUCAAGGACCGCCGUGUACGACAACGGCACCCUGGACAUCCUCAUCACCACGUCUCAGGACAGCGGCGCCUUCACCUGCAUCGCGGCCAACGCCGCCGGGGAGGCCACGGCCAUGGUGGAGGUCUCCAUCGUCCAGCUGCCACACCUCAGCAACAGCACCAGCCGCACUGCUCCCCCCAAGUCCCGCCUCUCGGACAUCACGGGCUCCAGCAAGACCGGCCGGGGAGGUGGAGGCAGUGGGGGCGGGGAGCCGCCCAAAGGCCCCCCGGAACGCGCUGUGCUUGUGUCCGAUGUGACGACCACCUCGGCCCUGGUCAAGUGGUCGGUCAGCAAGUCAGCGCCCCGCGUGAAGAUGUACCAGCUGCAGUACAACUGCUCCGACGAUGAGGUGCUGAUCUACAGGAUGAUCCCAGCCUCCAACAAGGCCUUCGUGGUCAACAACCUGGUGUCAGGAACCGGCUACGACCUGUGUGUGCUGGCCAUGUGGGACGACACGGCCACGACGCUCACGGCCACCAACAUUGUGGGCUGUGCCCAGUUCUUCACCAAGGCUGACUAUCCCCAGUGCCAGUCAAUGCACAGCCAGAUCCUGGGCGGCACCAUGAUCCUGGUCAUCGGCGGCAUCAUCGUGGCCACGCUGCUGGUCUUCAUCGUCAUCCUCAUGGUGCGCUACAAGGUCUGCAACCAGGAGGCCCCGGGCAAGCUGGCGGCCACUGCGGUCAGCAACGUGCACUCGCAGACCAACGGGGCCCCGCCACCCACUCUGGCCAGUGCACCCAGCGCAGCCCCCAUGCAGGGGCCACCCAAGGUGGUGGUGCGCAGUGAACUUGUGCAGUUCAGUGCCAACCUGGCUCGGGGCAGCGACUCCUCUUCCUCCAGCUCCCUGGGCAGCGGGGAAGCCGCAGGGCUGGGACGGGGCCCCUGGCGGCUCCCACCCCCUGCCCCCCGCCCCAAGCCUAACCUUGACCGCCUGAUGGGGGCCUUUGCCUCCCUGGACCUCAAGAGUCAGAGAAAGGAGGAGCUGCUGGACUCCAGGACUCCAGGCGGGAAAGGGUCUGGGACAUCGGCCAGGGGCCACCACUCGGACCGAGAGCCACUGCUGGGGCCUCCUGCCGCCCGGGCCAGGAGCCUGCUCCCCUUGCCCCUGGAGGGCAAGGCCAAGCGCAGCCAUUCCUUCGACAUGGGGGACUUUGCUGCUGCAGCUGCGGCAGCCGGAGGGGUCGCCCCUGGUGGCUACAGCCCCCCGCGGAGGGUCUCGAACAUCUGGACAAAGCGCAGCCUCUCUGUCAACGGCAUGCUCUUGCCCUUUGAGGAGAGUGACCUGGUGGUGGCCCGGGGAACUUUUGGCAGUUCCGAGUGGGUGAUGGAGAGCACGGUGUAGGCCGGGGGGGCCCUCCUGCCGCUCACCCUUGCAGGGUAGAUGAAGGGGAAAGAAUCUGUACUGGCAAGUCUUUGUGGAGUUUCCAUGGUGAUGUUUACAUCUAGGGACAGUUUCGUCUCCCUGUCAACGCCCCUCCCAAGCCACACCACCUUCCAAGCCUGUCCCCCACCACCCAGCCGGGGUGUGCUCAGGGAAAGCGGAUUCGAUCGCUAAAAUGUCGGACUGAGCCCUGAGUGUUUGGAAAGGCGGACUCCCUCCUUUCUGAUCACGAAUGUAGCGUGUAAGCAAGUGGCUUUGGAUUGCUUAUGGUUCCAGCGUUGUUUUUAUUUCUUAAUUUAUGUUUCCCACUUCCCAGACUCCUCCUCUUCAUUCACACAGAUGAUGGAGAAUUUACUCUUCAUGUGAGAGUGGGUUCCCAGCAGUCCUGAUAGUGGGAGAUUAUGGUCCGUUGACAAGAGAAGGGAAAGAUUCUGGUUCCACACUUGUUUGGAGGGAAGACUGAGGCAUCCCCUGUCCAGACUCCUCCUUAUUCCCAACUGUCCCCGUGCUUGGGAGGGAUGGGCAGCCACCAGCAUACCUGACCCAGCUUCCUCUGCUCAGACAUCAUGCCCCACACCCAUCACAGUAGCCUAAACCAGAAGAGUAACUUCCAGAACUUCUUAUGUGUGGGAAAGGCAGAAGGGCUUUAUGAGGCACAAGGGCAUAAAGGGUGUUAACUUUUGGAGUUGCUGUAGGAUUUUUACCUCUUUGGGGGAGGAACCUGGGACUGAAAGUCCGCAUAAGCAUGUGGCUGGCCAAGAGGGCUUCUCUUGACGAAGCAGAGCGGGGUGGCUAAAGGAGCACUGGACUUGGAGUCCAAAGCUCUCAGUUUGGGUUCCAGAGCCACCACUGAAUAACCAGCUGAACACGUUGGGCAAGACCCUUUUUCUCUUUGGAUCUCAGUCUUUUAAUUCUCACACUACUGGAUUGUACCCAGUCUUUGAUUUCCUUCAAGUUCUAAGGACUAACGAACUCUUCCAUGCCUCUAGAUAUUAUGGUCUCCAGAUCAGCAGUACCAGCAGCACAAGCAGGUAGAGCGUCCCUUUUCUUCCUACUGGACACAGAGGGAGAAUUCUAGAGGUUUGGGAGGGGGAAAUUGGAAUCUUUUUAGAAUGGUAGAGUUUUGAAGUUUGAAGAGGUGUUUGCAAUCAUCUCAUCCUUAACCCUCUCUCCCUCCCCCACCUGCCCCAGAGUAUAAAGGACUUGCUCAAGGUCGCACAGUGAGUUAGUGACCAAGUCAGGGCAGGUGCCAAGGUCAUCUCCUGGGAUGGUGUUUGGGAUUCACUAUGCUGUCUUCACCCUGGCUCAGGCAUUUCUGUGUCCAAAGUCCAUCCCUUGUUUGUUCCUGAGGAAGGUGGCUCAGGGUGGGACAUGGGGGAUGCCUUUCCUAGAUGCCAGCUUUGAGGAGGAUCCAUCCAUGGAAAUGACAGAGGGCAAUGGGAGGGGUGCACAUGGGUUCCUUUCUACCAGGGGAUGAACCCCCAUAUUCCAGACCAUGUCAAGAGGGGGCAGAGGACAUGUGGCCAGGAAGAAACUGUUUUAGAAGCAUCUGGAGGACUUUCCCCUGCAUCUCUCUGUCUCUCCUGGUCUCCGUCUCUUCUAGAUCUCCUCACUGCCAACAUACUACCUCUCCCUCGGUCUCCCCAACCCAUUCAUUGCUCUUCUGAGUCUCUGCCAUUGAUCUCUAGCUUCUCUCCUGUUCUUUUCCCUCCUUCCACUUGCCAACCACACCACACACAAUGUCCAGGUGAGUCCACUUCUGCUGAAGGGUUCUGAUGGGCUCAGACCUGGAGCUGAGCUGGCGGCCCGCAACCCCACCCAGAACACACAAGGAGCUGGUAGGGAACUGUCUAUGCAGGAUUGCCUUCUGGCUCUAGCCCCGGAGCCUCCAAAUCCCUCUUCUUUGCCCUUCUCCCUCCCACCCCUCCUGCCUCCUCUCACCUUCCCUCCACUCUCUUGUCUUCAUUCUUGUUCUUCCUGUUGACCCUCUGCCUUGCCCCAUCCCUUUCUGGUCCUGACAGUCAUUAGCAGCCCAGGCUGUUCUCUUCCUAAGACAUGUUAAUUUUCUAGGCGAGUCCCAGGGCCAUAGCACAGGCCUUCCCCAGUCAUGGUGGCAGCCAUGGAAUUGGGUGACUUGAACGGAAAUCUCUCCCUCCCUCUCUCCCUCCCUCUUGCCCUGCCCGAGUUUCUCUUCUCUCCUUUUCCUCCCUUCACCUUUCUCCUUUAGUCUUUCUAAAUGUAGCCAUUGAGGAAGUGACCCCAAAUACCACCUUUCUUUUUGCCUUUGGGUUAGGACACCCAGAAGGAAAUGGUGGACACGAAGGGGAGGACUGAACUGUAUAUUCCGGUCAGUGGCCCCGAGGUCUGUCAUGACAUGAUAUGUACUUGCACUUGUGUUUGUCAUGUUUCUGACUGGGAGUUUUGGAAAGCUACAUCUGUGUGGUCAGAAUAUAAAUGCCAACUUUUUUUGCUAAAAAAGAAAUGUACAGUAAAAUGUACAGUUUAAAAAACAGAACCAACCACACUUCUUGGGAGAGAGAAAAAAAGAACAUUCUCAUAUCUGUGAAUGUCUGCUGUUCAUUUCUCUGGAAACUACGGUUUUCCGAAGGUGGCUUUGAAGUGGCAUUUUCUCUUGCACUUGUGUUUGUUACUGCCCAGUGGGAGCCUGCUUCCUGCCAAGUUCAUGUAUAAGAUGGGAGCCUUCUGAAAUAAGAGAGAAUGGGGUCGUCCUUCUGGAAUAAAGGACAGUAGAGGGAUCUGGAGUGAAGCUCCAGGCGAAGAAGGAAUGGUCCAUCCUCAGCUGCCCUGACUGUCCCACCUGAUACCUCAUAGACCUGCCCUGCCUCCUUUUUCCAGUACUGUGGCCACCACCACACUUAGCCACUAGGGGCGCACGGACAUCUCCCACCCAUCCUGGUUGAGCCUUGGACGACACUUUUUCAAAAGGCUCUUUUACUGGGAGAACUGGGACAAUGAACCAAAGCAUAAGCCCAAGGUAUAGAAAUGAAUAAACUUCUCUGGAAACAGCUUCCAACCCUAGCUACAUCUAGUGGCUAGAUUAGCACUGUCCAAUUGGAAUAAAGGGUGACCUACACGGUCAUUUAAAAUUUUCCAGUAGCUGCAUUGAAUCAAGUAAAAAGAAACAGGUGGAAUUAAUUUUAAUAAUAUAUUUUAUCUAAUCCAAUAUAGCCGAAAGAUUAUUAUUUUAAUGUGUAAUCACCAUAAAAUUAUUAAUAAGACAUUUUAGUUUGGGGUUGGUGGGGGGAGCUCCCCCCCCCCGCAAAGUUUUGGAAAUUGAGCGUGUGCUUUACACUCAGGGCACAUCUCAAUCCAGACUAGCCACGUUUAAAGUGCUUGAGAGCCACAUGUGGCUAGUGCUGGUCACCAUAUGGGACAGUGCAACUCUAGACGGAGAGUGAUUGACUUGCCAGCGCACCUUUUGGAAGGGGAAGGAGCUAACAGUUAUUGAGCACCUACAGUUUCCAGGUCCUGUGCUGCUACUUAACAGGCAUUUCUCACAACAGCUAUCUGGACCUGGAGCUGAGCUGGCAGCCCCCAACCCCACCCAGAACACACAAGGAGCUACCCUACUAUCUCAAAGUAGAUAUUAUUAUGCUGAUUUUACAGAUGAAGGGCCUGAGGCCCAAGAGGGGUUAAGUAACUUGCCCAAGGUCACACAAUAUGUCUGGUCGCAAAGUCUUAGCUCUUUCCAUAAUAUCAGCCCCUAUUCUUUCUUCCUCCCUUCAACCCGUUAUGGAUUGUAUUUUAGACUGAUGGAAGUACUCAGAUUUACAACCUAAUCUGGAAGCUCUUGGUUUGGCCUCAAGGUCUGGUAAAAUUCUCAGAGUGUUAACUCCAGGUAAGGGCCCCUUGGUUAAGUGGUUUCCUCUGACCUCACACUGGCCUUUCUGGCCCUUCUUAGAGGCCUGUAACACACUCCCUCCCCUGACCGGGAAGAUUCCCUCAGGCUUCAGAAGGUCCUGCUCAGACCACCCUUAUGAUCAGCCCUUCUCCUGGCCUGGAGACUUCUAGGAGAUCCCUUGCUUCCACACCCAGCCUCAUCUAGUCCCCUGUGCCCUGAAAGCCUGUGACUUCAUCCCCAUAAGAUAGAAAGCCUCAUACCAGCUCACUCCAAUGACCAAACCCAUCUUCCCACCAUUUCCUAUUCCUAAACUCUUGUCCCUAUCAGGAGAAGCGCUCGCCCACCCAGAUCCUCUUUCUUGAUUGAAAGAAGCUUCAGUUCUCUGCUCUUUGGCAGAGAAGAGGUAGCUGAUACACGCUGAGCCCAACCGAAUUAUUAAGCUUUCUGACAAAUAGUCCAACCCCCUUUCCCCAAAUUCUUGAUAACAACAUUCCUCAGUUUCCCCUCAGAGGAGAUGCUUUUCAUUUUGCCAUCAUAACACUGUUGAAAUUCCAAAAGAACUUAUGCACAUUUUUUUUUUAAAGGGAAAAAAUUUGGGCGCCUGGGUGGCUCAGUUGGUUAAGUGACUGCCUUCGGCUCAGGUCAUGAUCCUGGAGUCCCGGGAUCGAGUCCCAUAUGGGGCUCCUUGCUCAGCAGGGGGUCUGCUUCUCCCUCUGACCCUCCCCCCUCUCAUGUGCU